GGCUUAUAUAACAGUUGCGCACAGGCUGAAUCUUUCUUACGCAAGAAAAGCCCUUUAAGCUCCUUCCCCAGUUCCAGCAACAGUUUCCCACCCCUUGGUAUAGUGUUUCUUUUUGAAAUCUUCGUUUUGUCAAAGAGGAAAAAAAAUACUUGGAAACAUGGCUGGGAAACCUAAGCUUCAUUACAUGAAUACAAGAGCCCGCAUGGAAACCAUAAGAUGGAUGUUGGCUGCAGCUGGAGUUGAGUUUGAAGAACCACUUAUUAAGUCAAAGGCAGAUCUAGAAAAAUUAAGGAAAGAUGGACUCCUGCUCUUCCAGCAAGUGCCCAUGGUGGAAAUUGACGGGAUGAAGCUGGUGCAGACCCGAGCCAUUCUCAACUACAUUGCAGCAAAAUACAAUCUCUAUGGGAACGACAUCAAGCAGAGAGCACUAAUUGAUAUGUACAGUGAAGGUGCUUGGGACCUGGGUGAAAUGAUCUGGAUGAUGCCCUGGAAAUGCACUGAUCCAAAGGAGAGGGAGAAGGAAACAACAAUGAUCAUUGAGAAAGCCACUGACAGAUAUUUCCCAGUCUUUGAAAAGGUCCUGAAAGAUCAUGGACAAGAUUUUCUGGUGGGAAAUCAGCUCAGCAGAGCAGAUAUCCAGUUGCUUGAGACCAUUUUAGCAACAGAAGAGCUGAAGGCUGAUGUCCUUUCCAAGUUUCCUGUUUUAACGGCUUUUAAAGCAAGAAUAAGCAAUAUCCCUAACAUUAAGAAAUUCCUUCAACCUGGUAGUCAAAGAAGACCACCCCCUGAUGCCGAAACUGUUGCCGAAGGAUUUAGAAUUUUUGAUUAAGUUGUUGCUGUCCAUCAUGCUGGCCCACUAUUGUAGCUUCAAGUAAAAUGCAAAAAUUGAGAUGGGACAGUUAUUUAAAAUCAUUCCAGAGGGUUGAAAUCAAACAUGGGUCUGGGUAAAGCCACAUAACUACAUUAGGAAGCUCAAUUAAUAACCAAACUGCAAGACUGACUAAGAAGAAGCUGUCAUGAUAAGGUGUAUUAUUGGACUAACAUGAAAUAAAAUAUUCUGCACCA